UGAGGUAUUCCUCCGCUGGACUCAAACUUAAUAGUGAAGUUGCGAAGCGAACGGCGGAGAUCGUGUUGGUCCUCCGUUGGGAUAAGCGCAUCUGUUGGUCGUGUACCGGGAUACAGUGCGAGUCACCGCGGACAUCCACCUUCUGUCGCACAGUGUGAUGCGCUUGUAGGAAAUCAAGAUGUCUAAGUAUCUGAAACAUUUUACAUCUGUGGGAGAUGUCCAACAACAAAAACAAUGGAAUGAGGAAGAUUUAGAGAAACAAGAAGAGGAAACUUCCAAGACGCCCCACCCUUUUACUUCCUCCUAUAGCUUCAGGGAUGCAUUGAAAUGGCUCUUCGGCAGCCAUAAGUUUCAGAUUGCCAUUGUGUGCCUGGUUAUUCUUGAUGCUAUAUUUGUUCUUAUUGAGGUACUUUUGGAUCUGGAAUUGCUUAUGGAUAAAGUGAAUCACAUUAUACCAGAGGUGUUUCAUUAUUUGAGCAUUUCUGUUUUGACCUUUUUCCUUGUGGAAAUAGUUGGCAAACUAUAUGCUUUUCGUCUAGAAUUCUUUCAUCACAAGUUUGAGGUGUUCGAUGCAGCGAUCGUUGUGAUUUCGUUUAUUAUCGACAUAGUUUAUAUCUCUCGGGAAGAUAUAUUCAAUGCUGUUGGGCUGCUUAUAUUGCUUCGGCUUUGGAGAGUGGCUAGAAUUGUGAAUGGAGUGAUUGUAUCCGUGAAGAGCCGCGCUGAAGAGAAAAUCAACAAGUUAAAACAAAGUCAGGACACGCUACUUGCAAAGGUCUCCCAGCUGGAGCAGCAGUGUGCGCAACAGGAACAAGAAAUAUCCAGACUUCAGAAAUUAUUACAACAACAUAACGUAUUUCCUGAUUCGUCAGACACAAACCUUCCCUGAUUUACUCUUGUUUUCUGCUUAAUUCUACAUUUGUGUUUAAGGUGGGCAAGGGGAAGAUGGAUGGGGCAUACAUUUUUUUAUGAAUGUAGUGUGUAAAAGAAAAAAAGGAACCGCAUAAAUAUUAUUGAUCAUCUUUAUAUACAAAAAUAUACCUGUGAAUAAAUAAAUGAUUUAUACA